CAGUGGGCGGGGGAAGGAGAGUUUCCAGAGUUUUUCUGCAGCAGGAAAACUUUGUUUUUUGUCUUUUUGGUUUGACUUUGAGUUGAUGUGUGAGGCCGGAGCCGUCAUGGUGACUACUGAGACCCACCAGAGCCAGGACCUACUGGUCCCAUCCCAGAACCAGGACUAUCUGGACCAGCAGGACCAGCAGGAGGAGAACCAGGUCUCCCCCUCGUCUCCCCUGGCCGGAUUCGACCCGGAGACAAUGAGUCAGGGUCCCGUCAACGCCAUCACGGUCCUCACUCUGCUGGACAAGCUGGUCAACAUGCUUGAUGCUGUGCAGGAAAACCAGAACAAAAUGGAGGUGCAUCAGGUGGAGAUGGAGGGCGUGGUCAGAGGGAUCCAGGCUGAUAUGACCAAACUGUCCAAAAGCCACAGUCACACCUCCAACACUGUCAGCAAACUGCUGGACAAGAGCCGUAAACUGUCCGUGACCAUGAAGGAGGUUCGUGAUAAGAUGGAGCGUCAGGGUGUCCAGGUGAAGAAGCUGGAAGCGAACCAUGCCCACCUGAUCAACAGGAACAACUUCAAAGUCCUCAUCUUCCAGGAGGAGAAUGAGAUCCCCUCCAGUGUGUUUGUGAAGGAUCCUCCUCCUUUCCCUCGUGAUGAAAUUUUGGAAGAAGGUGAUGAAUCAGUACAGGCCGUUGUUGAAGGCAACCAUUCGCAGGAUGGUGGACUCCAGACCAUUGACCUAUCAUCCGAUGAGGACGUUGGACUGGAGGCAGAACUAGAGGACGAGGAGAUGUGGCCUCACGAUCUGGAGAACAUGGAGAAAUCCAGAGCCGAGAAACUGAAACGCUCCAGUCUGAAGAAGGUUGACAGUCUGAAGAAGGCGUUCUCCAGGCAGAACAUUGAGAAAAAGAUGACAAAGAUCGGAACAAAGAUUGUUUCUCAGGAGCAACGAGAGAAGAUCAAACAGAAAACCUCCAGCCUGAAGGUUUCACCUCUGACAUUCAGCAUCAGGAAGCCUCGCAGCAGCUCCACCUCUCAGCCCCCGGAAGCCUCCGUUCAGACCGGGGACACAGUCACUACCGAGGCUGACGUUCAGUUCUCCUCGCUGGCUGGCACCGAGCAGGACGUCCCCUUCACGGAGGUGCAUGCCCAGCUGGCUCCUGCUGAGAAGGAGGAGAUAAAGGAGGAGGUGGAGGUGGCAGAGGAGGAGAGGGAAGGUGAGGAGGAGGAGAGGGAAGGUGAGGAGGCGGCAGGUGUGGAUGCAGAUCUGUCUUUGGUUUCAGAGGGAGUCAGUGAGGAGUACGCUCACUCCACCACCCUGCGUCAGGAGGAGAAACAGGAGGAGAAAGAAGAGGAGGGAGGUGCAGAGGAGGAGAAAGAGGAGGAAUCCUAAACAUUUGUUAAUGUUCAGAUUUAUAGAUGUGAAUGAAUGACAAGACAGAUCUGAGCAGAAUAUUAAAGGAACAGUGAGAUCUUCAGGUUGAUCUACAGCCAGCAGCUGGUUAGCUUCCCAGAGAUCCCAGUUUAGAGCUGCUCCUCCAGAGUUCAGAUAUCUGACCGUGUGACCCGCAAAUCUAUUUAUCUCCAAAAGAAACACAACCAUGGGUUUUCUGUUCUGCUACAAUUAAUUUAUAGAUCAAAGUUUUGUUUGAAGUUGACGAAUUUAAGUGUUCAAUUCUUCAACUGAUCUGAAAGCCCAACAAAUAGAAACAUGUAUCACUGGUUCUGCACAACAAUUAUUUCCACACGAAACAUCCCUUUAGUUUCCUCGGAUAUAUAAACAUUAUAACUAAUAACCAGCAGAUCAGAAAUAUUAAUGGAACAUCAGUGGAACCCAACUGAAAGUCAAAAACAGCCAAUCAUCCUGACGAGGUUCUCACAAACACACAGAAGUCAGGAAUGACUUCAGUAAUAGUGGUGCUAAACAGAUCCCUGGAACCACAAAACAUUACACACAGAACCUGAUCCCCCUAUUAUUCUAUCCUGGCCUUGAGCUUCCUCUGAAGUUCUAUUACUGUUUCCCAAAUAUUCCCCUUCAGUUCCUCAAAGGGUGGCCGAACAUUUACCAAGGUCCUCCAGGGUUCCCAUAAAGUUAGGUUCUCCUGAUGUUUUCUUAAGGUUUCUCCAAAGUUCCUCUAAAAUCGCUCUAAGAUUCUCCUUUAGUUCCUCUAAGCCCUCCCUGCCAUUUUUUCAAGGUCGCCCAACAGCCUCUAACAUUGGUCUUCUGAGGUUCCACUAAGGUUCCAUUAGGGUUUGUCCACAUUUGCCUAGGUUCCCCUUAGGUUCCUCCAAAGUGUCUUUAAGAUUUAAUAAGAUCCCCCUGUGUUUCCCCAAAGGUUCCUCUUACAUACCACUUGGUUCCUCAUCUAAGGUUCCCUUAAUUCUCUGCUGAGGGUCCAUCUUUUCUUAGGGUCCAUUUAAAGUUCCCCUGUUGUUCUCCGUGUGGCCGUUUCUGUUAAAAUGUCUCUCAUCAAAAUGACGUUUGAAAUGUUUUUGAUUGAAAUUAUAAUAUUUGAUAACUGAUUAGCAAUAUGUUAAUCAGUUUAGGUCUUACAGCCUCUGUCUCUCUCUGUCUGUCUGUGUCUCUCUCUGUGUCUCUCUCUGUCUCUCUCUCUGUCUCUCUCUGUGCCUCUCUCUGUGUCUCCCUCUCUGUCUGUCUCUCUCUCUCUCUGUCCCUGUCCCUGUCUCUCUGUCCAUGUGUUGAUAUAUAAAUGAAUGAAUAGUAACCAGCCUAGUGUCAGUUAAACUGCUUAUUAACAGAAGGACUAAUAACUAACAGUGAUGAUAAACUGAUGAACCAUCUGAUCGAACAGUUUGAUCCACAGAGCUGAAGAGUAAUAGAGAUGACAGACAGAGUUAAAAAUGAUCAUAUGCAGUUAAACAAUGACACACACUGUUUCAAGCUGUUUUAUCGAUGUUUCAGGUUUAAACUUGCUGUUUUUCUUUCCUGUUUAUUUUAUUUUGAUGCAACUGAAAAAUUCUGCUGCCAAAGAACAUUUCCUGUUUGACUUAUGUCACCUGUCAGACUGCCACAUCCCAGGUGUGUGAGAAUCACCUGAACAAUAAAAUCCAGUUUAACCAUG